AUAUGAGCAGUAAAAGUAUAUCUUACAUAAGUUAAACCACACUUCUGAUUGAUCUGCUACUUAAAUGUUCUAUAUUUGAGUUAAUUUUUUAUUGCUUGAUGUGAUUGUACAGCUGAAUUAAUCUGAUAGAAUGCUGACUUCUAGAGCCCAACAAAGGCCCCCUAUGCUAUCCAUGUCCAUGCCUCCUGUUCAAUCCGGCUCGAUGCUUUCACCCGUCGACCAAACGACCUCCUCAGACCUCAAUUCAACACUAUUCAACCGUGAACACUUUAUUAAGUACAUAAAAAGGGGCACUUUUCUCGAAAGUUCAACUAGACGAUUAAAUGGAUCGGGAGAAGCAAUGCACAAAACAACUGAACAAUUGAUGACAUUUUUGAAGGACAUUUGUGGCGAGUUUCAAAAGUGCAAUACUAUUAUGGACCUCUUCAUUAAUGGCGUGCAACAAUUGCAUCAGAAUAUUCAGAUGAUCAUGUCCGCUUUUUUGAAGCUGGAAAUUGCUCCAACUUUAUCCGAUGAGAUCAAAUCACUUCAGAAAUCCCUGAUUGACGACUCGCGCGGUAACAGUGGCGAGUCGCUCUCAAUCAUGAACCAAACCAAACUGGCUCUGAAUUACACCAAAGACGCCAACUCACAAUGUACAAACGUCAUAACCGACUUCGUAAAAGUUCUUGACCACUCUAUGAAAUCGAAAUACACAGAAGCCGAUGUUUUGGAACUGGUACAGGGUUGCAAAGAAUUCGAAAAGAAGUUCUUCCGGGAGGUUUCUAGCUUGGAGCAACUGUGUGUGUACUCGCACGACGCGACGGAAGAAGUUAAGGAGUACAUAACUGACCAUAAAUGGAAAGAGCAUGAUAUGGUGAAACAUGCCAUAUCGGAGUCGAGAGUGAAGAUAAGAGAACUGAAGAACGCAGCUGACAGGGCGGCCAAAGCAAGCAGUCACUUUGAGAACCUGCGAAAUAGUCUGAACAAAGACAUAGAAGCAUUAGUAAGUUGUAAGUUGGAACAGAGAACAGAGAAGCACGAGGCGGUUCAGAAGUCUUUGAAGGAACUGAAAUUCGCCCAGAGGAGUCUAAAGGAGAGAUUUGAAGAUACCCAAGAGAACUACCAGGCGGUUGAGAACAUGGCUAAGUAUAUUAAGAAUCUGGACCCGUCUGAUAGCUGGCCGAUUCUCAGAAUUCCUGCCAAGUCGAACCAGACUCUCUGCUGCCUGUUACGUGGACCCGUGGAUACCAUUGCGCACCUGAAGAUCAGCUACAAGAAACGCAACCACUCUCGCCACUCUUUGAUCCAAUACGCCUCGGAUAAACUCCUCUCGGACAUAAUCGAAAUCGACAACUUAGCAAAGGCUGCGACGACAAAGUGGCCGCUGAUAGUGUGCAUUCCGCAGAAGGAGAAGAUAGACGAGGCUAGUGAGAAACACGUGGUCAUUAAGCUGAACAGUGACCCUCAGACCAGAAGGUGGUCUACUGAGAAACCAGUUCAUGUCAAUAGAGAGUACAGUCACAGAAGAUACAAUCUGAAGGGUGUCUAUUUCACUGAGGCGAAGAUCAACUCAUUCUGUUCCAUGGCCGUUGUCUACAGUGAGAUCGACAGCACUGACAGCAGUCCUCUCGGAACAAACACCCCCGCCACUGCAGAGAACAACAACAACAGAAACAAAUUAUUCAUGGAGCGAGUGAUGAAUUUCCGAAAAACUGAGACAGACGUAGUCCUCACUGAUUCUUUCUUGCUCGAUCUGGCCUCCCAGUUCCAGGAUGACUGGAAGAAGAUCCUUAUCUACCUCGAGAUACCCAUUCAGGUUAUCAAAACACAUCAACAAAACUAUCCCAACUCAAUCGAAGAUGUUAUGCUGAAUUGCAUGUCGGUUUGGAAGCAGGCUAAGUCAACUACUCAUAAUAAAGUAGAUCAACUUAAAGAUGCAUUCAGAAGGUGUAAGCGCGAAGAUUUAGUGCACAUGGUCGAACAGAAGCAAGCCGAAACUCAGAUACCAACCGCAAGCCUCACAGUGGAAGAACAUUAGAAACCAAUGCAUACUUUUUGCGACGUAUACAUA